CCCCCCCCCCCCCCCCCCCCCCCCCCCUUUUUCUGUGUUUCUUUGGAUGUAGAAUAUGUUUGAAUAGUACUUACAGAACAACAUGUUUCCUGUAGUGACUCCUUUUUCUGAAGAAUCCCUGUGCCACGUUCAUGCCCCUAUGAAUUUGUGUUAAAGAUUGUACAAGGUCUUUGUCAGUGAGCAUAAUUGGCAACUGAAUAACUCUUUGCUUUUGAAACCCAUGUAUAUUGAUCAUACAAUAUAUUGGUCUGUAAGCUAAUCAUAUGGGAGCCUGCAAUAGGUAGAGGGAACCUGCAGGUGAGGAUCAGUUAAGCAAAUGGGUGUGACCGGUUCUGUUCAUCAGGUUUUCAACAUACUGAAGCAUUUAGCAAGCACUCAGUCGUGCACUUCCAAGUUCAUGCUACUGUGCCACAGGUUGCCUCUUUCUCUUAAAUUCACUCUAGAUUUGUAAAAUGAUGUAACUUCAAAUUUUGCAGCAUUUUAUAAGCAUUUUUAUAAGCAUUUUAUAAGGAGUCGUGAUUGUGAGAGUGCAAGUUAAAGCUGCUUGACAGACACAAGUUAAAACUAAUCCCAGAUUACUGGACUCGUUAUAGGGUGUCCUGAUGCUUGUCAGACUGGGUGCCAAUCCUGCACAUGGCACGCUGUGGGCGGCAGCCAGGCACAUGACCUUUGAUGUCCUACUUUUCUCUUCCAUCAUUAUUACUUUACACUGCAUUACUAUCUAAAGAAGAAUGCCAUACAACUGACUUUUUUUUUUUUUUACGUUGAGAUGAACAUUGAAUGUCCACUUCUUGGCUUAAUCUUUAUCUAAGGCCUGAGGGUCAUUUAUUAAUAUUGUGUGUUAUCAUGAUUAUCAUUCAUAAUACACAUCUAGGGUAACAGGUGUGUCAAAGUCUGUGGCAAAUGUGCAUGUUUCACACAUUAUGUAAAGAUUUUCACCAAUAGGAGGGGCAUGAACUAGCCAAGUAGUCUCCUGUAGAGUAUUUCCGGAGUGACCUUGUACAACCCAGUGGUAGAGGCCUGUUUAGGUAAGUGGAAUUUAUACACAAUAUAUUGCUCUCACACUGUAGGACAGUCCAAAGUACAGGAGGCUGUCAGUUUCUAAAAAGACUUCAUUCAUAUGAGAGUGUAGUGCAUUGCAAAAUUCAACACUAUUACAAUACAUGCUUAAAUCAUAAACCUGUCACAGUAUCUGUAUGUUUUUAUAAGAUUCGGUAUGAAAUGUCAAUUUAAAAUUGUUUUACUGUACAUAAAGCUAAAACAGGCUUUUGGAGUCAUGCUUUUGGGCCACAUUAGAGAAAUUUGGAGAACUCAGUUUUUCCUCUAAAUCUCAAAACACUUAUUUAUUGACCCCCUUUUCUCCACCAGACUCUCAGCCAGACCUCCUCGCGGCUGUAAAGAUCCUGGCCGGCACCACAGUGGAAAUUGCUGCAGCUUCUGUUGGUGAGACCAGCAUAGUGAGUGCUGUCCGGCAGAUGGAUGGAGAUGGAACAAUAUCUGGGGCUUUGGAGUCCACAGUGGAGGGGCUAGAACCAGAGGUCUUGGCAGAAACCAAGGAAGAAGUAGCUGAAGAUGUAGCUCCAUCUGAAGCUGAUGAAGCUGCUGUUAUAGUGAAUGAGGAGAAGCCUGCUGAAGCUCCUGCUGUCACUGUUGAUGCCCCCAUUGAAGAAGCGGCUGAAAUAGAAGAUGCAGAAGCUCCAGCUGCAGAGACGCCUGAUCCUGCUGCAGCAGAUAAGGAGGAGGACCCAGUUGCACCUCCUCAUGAAGACGUUAUAAGUGCAGCCCCUGUUGUGGAGGAGGAAGGAGAGGCUGAGAUUGACACUGGGGCGCAGACUUCAGUCCCUGAGGCUGCCCCUUCUGCAGAGGCCUCGCCAGAUGAAGUUGUAUCUGUUGAGGAAGUUGCUGCUGAGGUGGAUUCCCUCUCUGAAGAAGCUACUCCAGUGGAAGAAGUGGCUCCUGCUGAGCAGGCCCCUGAUGCUGAGACUUCAGUGGAGGAGGCAGCAGUUGAAGCCCCAGCAGCAGAAGAGGCAAUCGAGGAAGCAGAAAAUGAAGCUGCACCAGCUGUGGACACGAAUCAGCUGGCAGCUGCAUCUGCUGGAUCAGACCUGGAGAUUCUUCCAGCUGCUGAACCAGAGUCAACAUCAGAGGCACCAGUGAAGGAGGCCGAGCACUGCCACUCCUGCCACACCGCUCCAGUAGCAGAAGAGGAGGUGGCGCCACCUGCUGCUUUAGGAGAGCAGGAGGAGAAGGUGACCAGUGAUGGGGCUGUGGAGAUAGCAGAAGAGGCUAAGGAGGCAGUGGUGGAAGGACAAAAGUCAAAGGGGUCUAAGUGGACUGUAAAAAGCUGCUCAGUGAUGUAGUAGUACAGUUGAGAAGCCACAGAAUCUCUGGCAGUGGUGACCUCCCAGUCGUGAGAUGGUGACUGACAGAUGUGCCUUCCAGAACAUUCACCAAUCUGUCAGUCAAGCCAGGAUGACCACCUAAAAGAACAGGACCACAGCAAUAAGUCAUUAUUGUUUGUUCUCUUUCUGAUUAUGCCCAUAUUGUAUAUUACUGCAAGAUAACUCUGAAAGGUUUUGGAUAGUUGCUGUCCCAUUGUUUACUCCUGUGGAAAUGUGGAAAGUAUAUUCCUAUAAUGUCUGACUUCCUCAAGGUGCCACUAUUGCAAAACUUUUCAUGACCACUUGAAUGUAACAUAGCUGUCUUGAUAGAUGGUGAAUUGGAAGAAUUGGAGGAGGUUAAGUUUUGUUCCACUUUAUGCCUGAUGGGCAGGGAAUUUUCUUAAUAAUAUUAAACCAUUUGCCAGCAUAUUGUUAUUAUUAUUAUCAGUAAUAGAAUUUGCUUGAACUGCACAGCACUUGUUGAAUUAUGACAAACGUGCUUAUAAUAGUGUGAUGAUGUCUAUAGCGUACAUGUUACAACAAAGGAUGGAUAACAUAGGUGAUUUCAAAGCAACUUAUAUACAUUUAUCAAUAAAUAAAAGGUUUAUGUUGAGCUGUAACACAUAAUAUAUUACUAUACUUGUGUACACACUGAAUAAAGAGUUACUUGUACAGUUUA